AUGGCACACUAUAAAGGAGCGGCAUCUGAGGCUGGCAGAGCUAUGCACCUCAUGAAGAAAAGAGAGAAAGCUCAACAAGAAAUAGAACUGCGUAAAAAGAAGAUUGAGGAAGAUUUAAAAAUGGUAAACAUUGAGAAUAAGUUCGCUACACACUACGAUGCCGUGGAACAACAACUGAAGAGUUCCACGAUUGGUUUAGUUACCCUUGAUGAGAUGAAAGCAAAACAAGAACACAUAGUCAGAGAACGAGAAAAGAAAUUAGCACAGAAGAAAGCAGAGAAAGAAAAGGAAAGGCAGAAGGAGAUCGAAGCUAAACAAGCACAGAAAAAUAAACAAAAGAGACAGAUCCAAGCACUUUCAUUUGAUUUGAAUGAGGAAGAAGAGGAAGAGGAAGAGAAGGAGGUGGAACCUGAUGCUGCAGAGGAGUCUUCAGCUGAUGAGAAACCACCAGUUGAGGAUAAAUCUUGGAGGGACAAAGAGGAACCAGUGUACAAAAAAAUUAAAAAGAAUCCAGAUGUGGAUACAUCAUUCCUGCCAGACAGAGAGAGAGAGGAAGCCGACUUGAAGUUACGAGAAGAACUCCGUUUAGAAUGGGUGAUGACACAAGCAAGCCUCAAAGAUGAGCCCAUCACAGUCACAUUCAGCUACUGGGAUGGAUCAGGUCAUAGACGAAAUGUUACCUUGAAAAAAGGUAAUUCCAUAUACCAAUUCCUUCAAAGAUGCCUUGAUACUCUGCGCCCUGAGUUCAGUGAACUGAAAACUGUGUCCGCAGACCAGCUUAUGUAUGUGAAAGAAGAUCUCAUUUUACCCCACCAUUACACAUUCUAUGAUUUUAUAGUUACUAAGGCCAGAGGAAAAAGUGGUCCUCUAUUCCAAUUUGAUGCUUCCGAUGAUGUCAGACUUGUAAACGAUGCCACACAAGAAAAACAGGAUUCCCAUGCCGGAAAAGUGUUACUGAGGUCCUGGUAUGAAAGAAACAAGCACAUCUUCCCUGCUUCUAGAUGGGAGCCCUAUGAUCCGACAAAAACAUAUUCCAAAUACACAAUCAAGGGAAAAUGA